UUCGUCGCCGCACUCCGGGACAAAAGCAAACGGGACCCGGAUAGGUGUUCGAGUGUGCAAGAGAGUGUGCAAGGAGACCACCGUUGUGAAGCUGGCCGGCGGCGUGGUUGCGAAUCGGCUGCAGGAAGGUGUUUCCACUGUUAUGAAAAAAAUCAGCGCGCGAUAAAAGGCAGUGCGCGCCCCGAGCAGCCGCUGUCCCCCGGAUUUGGAACGGCAUUGCCUUAACACAUUGCAUUGAGCAGCUGUUAGCAAGGAAGGAGGGACGGAUCUUACUGGGAAUCACCACCAUGAUCCAUCUUAACGUCUAAAAUCAACGGCUAAACAGUCAAUGAAACUCGGUCUCGGUGCAGAAAAGUAGGACACGAAACAUCUAGACCUGAGGAGACAAGACAAAGAUGGGGAAACACAACAGCAAACUGCGUCCUGAGGUGCUGCAGGACUUGCGGGAGAACACAGAGUUCACAGAGAACGAGAUCCAGGAAUGGUACAAGGGGUUUGUGAAGGAUUGCCCCAGUGGCUACCUGACCAUAGACGAGUUCAAGAAACUUUACGGCAACUUCUUCCCUUAUGGUGAUGCCUCGCGGUUUGCAGAGCACGUCUUCCGUACCUUCGAUGCCAAUGGGGACGGCACGAUAGACUUCCGCGAGUUCAUCAUUGCGCUGAGCGUCACCUCCCGAGGAGGUCUGGAGCAGAAGCUGAAGUGGGCCUUUAACAUGUACGAUGUCGAUGGGAAUGGCUACAUCAGCAAGGCAGAAAUGCUGGAAAUCGUUCAGGCAAUCUACAAGAUGGUGUCUUCGGUGAUGAAGUUGUCAGAUGAUGAAGCUACGCCAGAGAAAAGAACAGAGAAGAUCUUCCGACAGAUGGAUACCAAUGCAGACGGAAGACUCUCUCUAGAAGAGUUCAUUAACGGUGCGAAGAAAGAUCCAUCUAUCGUCCGCCUCUUGCAGUGUGACCCCAGCACGGCGGGCCAGUUCUGAAGGAUUGUCCAGGGGGCAAAUGCUGUUCCUCUGCAUCAUUUCUUUCUGUGCCAGCCCACAGCGGGCUGGUGUGACAGACUAAGACCAGUCAAACGAAAGCCUGGUCAAAACUGAGCAACCUUCAACCUUCCAAUGAAGAUAACUGCAUGCAACAGAUCUGCAUCUUACAGUAUAUGAUGAUACACAAGUCAAUGUGCCAAGAUAAGGGAACCCUGCUGUCCAGCUGAGCGAAAACGCCUCAUCUUUACUUGUGCCCCUUUCCGUUGUGGAUAUAGCUUUUAGUAGAUAAUAGUAUUUUUUUUUAUUUUAAAUUAAUAGCUCAGAGUUUCAGUUUAUACUUGACAUAAGGAAGAGUGAAGAGCAAAAAUUGAUGGAUUAAUAUUUACUCUCAUGCGCCUGGCACAGACAAGGUUUUACCCAUUUCUAUUGCUUCUAGAUGCAAGUAUCAACCGUCCUCUUCCACUCACCCUCUCCAAGUUCAGCAAACCCAUUAACUGUGAAUUUCAGUGAUUCAAUGAAAAAAGUUUUCAAGGCAUUUGGAGACAAGGCAUUAUAUUCUUAUUACUACCCAUUGUGCCACUGGCAUUUAGGGAAGCACUGAAGGCCCUUUAUUUCUGUCUGUCCAUACUGUCACACACAGAUGUAGAAGGAUUCUUCUUUGCUGUUUCCAUAACAAUUUUUUUUUUAACCAGUCAGGGUUGUUAGCCCUGAGUUGAACCUCUGAACCCGGAGGACCGGUGGACUACUCUUAGUCUGGCCUCUACCCUUUGACCUGUUUGGCAUGGGUGACCCUACCAAGAACCAAAGCAUAACGCCCUGACUCCAGUCAACAUAGCUCUCCAGGUCAUUGAGAAGCAAGCCUCCAAACCCUGUGACAAGGCUGUGGUCCUCUUGAAGGUAUUAAAUCAAUAGUGAGGAAUUAUUUCCCCUGGACUAGGGGGCAAAAGUAAAGCCAGGCCUUUUAACAAUGAAGAAACUCUUCUAUGCAAAGUGUGGGGGGAAAUUUGCAACUCUCCUACAAACAGCAGUAAAUGCCAUGUGAAAUUGUUAGAUUUUAAAUUUUAGGUAAGUUAACUGGAUGUAUUAAAGGAUGUAGAAAAAGGCAGUUUUGAUUAUAUUAGAUUUAUUUAUUACAUGUACAUCGAAACAUACAGCGAAAUGUGUCAUUUGGAUUAACAACUUAGGAUGGGCUGAGGACAGCCAGCAAGAGUUGCCACACAUUCCAGAGCCAACAUAACGUAUCCAACAUGUUCAGCAGAACAACACGCAGCCAACAUACAACAAAACAAUAGCCAAUCACAUUUACUCACAUGCACACACACAGAGUCACAGAUUAGUCCCGGUCACAUCAAGUUAUAGAACAACAUAGAAGGGUUGAAUAGCCUGCAAUCUCCUGUCUCGCUUCCCCCUCCCCAGUCAAUUCAUGCGAUUACAGAUGAUGUUUGGAAAACCAAGAGAAACAUGAUGCAGCCUCCAUUAUAUCCCUUCCUUGUCUUAUACUACGUGUAGGAACAUAGGUCAUUGAAUAUUACAGCACAGUCCAGGCCCUUCAGUCCACAAGGUUGUGCUGAGCUUCUACCCUACUCUAAAAUCAAUCUAAUCCAGGGUGCCACACCCACGUAGCAGUUAGAGCAACACUAUUGCAGCUCGGAGCAACGGAGUUCACAGUUCAGGCCAGCAUUCUGUGUACACCCUCCUGGAACACGUUGGUUUUCUCCGGGUGCGCCCAUGUCCUCCCGCAGUCCAAAGAACUACUAGGUCGGUUAAUUGGUCAUUGUAAAUUGGCCUGUGAUUAGGUUAGGAUUAAAUCAGGGUUGUCAAGGGUGGCUCGAAGGCCCAGCAGGGCCUAUUCUCCACUGUAUUUCAAACAAAUAAAUAAACCCUUCCCUCCCACAAAUCCUCCACUUUUCAAUCAUUUAUGUGCCUAUCUAAGAAUUUAUUAAAUAUCCCUAAUGUAUUUGCCUUGACCACCACCGCUAGUGUUGUGUCCCACACACCCACCACUCCCUGUGUAAAAAAAAUGGGCAGUUCUAACUUCCAAUCCACAUAGAUUUAUCAGCAUUGCCAACAAGCCCUCUACGGCUGCUGGCCAAAUUAUCAAGCAACACUAUCAGAAAAUGACGCCGACCACUUGUAGUCUUUUCUCCCUUUGCCUUGGCUUUAAUGUCCAUUGCCCAAGGCAACUUCUAGUGAAGCCAUCAUGCCUUUCCACGGUGGAAUAUUCAAUGUCCUUUCAGGAUUUCAUCUGUAGCCACACAGUGAGUGAGGGAAGGGACAUUACAGAGUAAUUGUGGUAUUAAAAAGGACAGAUUUACAAAUGUGGUAUUAAAAAGGACAGAUUUACAAUUGUGGUAUUAAAAAGGACAAAUUUACUUCCUGCACCAAGGUGCCCCAUUACAAGAGAAGCUGGAACUCCCCAAGUGAUUUAAAAUGCCAUUCCAAAUCUCAGUCUCAAUGGUUUACCAACAUUUAAUGUGUCUGAAUAAAGACUCCAGUGUGUGACCCUAAGACACAAGAGCAGAACAGGCUAGUCAACCCAUCGAGUUCGCUCUGCCAUUCCAUCAUGGCUGAUUCAAUUUCCUCUCAACCCCAUUCUCCUGCCUUCUACCCGUAACCUGUGACGUCCUGACACAUCAAGAACCGAUCAGCCUCUGCUUUAAAUAUACUCAAUUUCAGCCCUUCAGCUGUCUGUGGCAAUGAAUUCCACAGAUUCGCUCCCCCUUGCUUAAAGAAAUCAGAAUCAGGUCUAUAAUCACCGGCACGUGAUGUGAAAUUUGUUAACUUAGCAGCAGUAGUUCAAUGCAAUACAUAAUCUAGCAGAGAAAAAAUAAUAAUAAUAAACAAUUAACAAGUAAUAAACAAGUAAAUCAAUUACGUAUAUUGAAUAGAUUUUUUUAAACAUGCAAAAACAGAAAUACUGUAUAUUAAAAAGUUGAAAUUCCUCAUCUCUGUUCUAAAGCGACAUCAUUCUAUUCUGAGGCUGUACCCACUGGUCCUAGACUCCCCCGCUAUAGUAAUCAUCCUCCCCAUGUUCAUUCUAUCUAGCCCUUCCAAUAUUCGAUAGGUUUCAAUGAGGAACCCACCCUGCUCAUUCUUCUGAACUCCAGUGAAUAAAGGCCCAGAGCCAUCAAAUAGGCCUGAAAUGAUGGCUGUUUUCACCCUCAAAUCCUCCAGAGUGUUCCCUCAUAACAACAGAAAUCUGGAUGCAAAAGUCAGCCUUCUCCAAUUCACGAUAAGUACAGUGUUGUCCCAUGACUUUGUAUCUAUAGCUGUCUCAGACCCAUUGUCCUGUCAAUUAAUGAAGUGCCAUUGCUGGAAAUCUAAAACAAAGAUACUCAAAGUUCAAAGUAAAUUUAUUAUCAAACUACAUGUAUGUCACCAUGUACAACCCUGAGAUUUGUUGUCUUGCAGACAUUCACUGUAAAUACAAGAAGCACAAUAGAAUCAAUGAAAGACCACACCCAACAGGACAGACAACCGACCAGUGUGCAAAAGACAACAAACUGCAAAUACAAAAAGAAAAAAAUAAAUAAUAAUCAAUAAAUAUUGAGAACAUGAGAUGAAAAGUCCCUGAAAAUGAGUCCAUAGAUUAUAGGAACAGUUCAGUGAUGGUGUGAGUGAAGUUAACCCCUCUGGUUCAGGAACCGAUGGUUGAGGGGUAACAACUGUUCCUGAAUUUGAUGGUGUGGCUCUUGAAGUUUCUGUACCUUCUUCCUGGUGGCAGCAGUGAAAAGAGAGUAUGGCUGAGUAGUGGGAGUCCUAGACGAUGAAUGCAGCUUUCCUAGAACAACGCUCCUUGAAGAUGUGCGCAGUGAUGGGGAGGGCUUUGCCCGUGAUGGACUGGGCUGUAUCCACUACAUUUUGUGGUCUUUCAUUCAAGAGCAUUGGUGUUUCCAUACCAGGCCAUGAUGUAAUCAGUCAGUAUACUCUCCACCGCACAUCUGUAGAAGUUUUUCAAAGUUUUAGAUAACAUGAAGAAUCUUUGCAGACUUCAAAGAAAGUAGUCAGAGUUAACAUUUCAACUCAGGGAUGAAGGAUCUCGGCCUGAAACGUAAACUGUUUAUUCCUCUCCAUAGAUGCUGCCUGAUCUGCUGAGUUCCUCCAGCAUUUUGUUUCUGUGUGUGUGUGUGUGUGUUGCUCUGGAUUUCCAGCAUCUGCAGAAUCUCUUGUUUUACUCUUUGUCAAAGCUAGUUGUUAUUGGUUGUCCGAAAUAUGAAACGAAGCAAAAUGGUUAUAAAAUUGGAUAAUCCCUGGCUCUCCAUCAAGAAGUCUGGUGUUUUAGCACCUAAUAAAUAAACAGUCAACGUUUCAAGCCAAGAUCAGGUUUAUUCUCCUCAAUAGACUUAUUAAUUUCCUCAUUGUGUGCGUUACUCUGAACCUCUGGAAUCUGCAGAAUCUCUUGUGUCAUUGUUUAUGCUGCCAGACACCGCCUAGCCAAAUCCUAAACCACGUGGCCGCAGAGUACCAUGAUAUACUCAUCUCCACAAUCCAACACUGAUAGCAAGUCUUAAGGCUGCUUUAGAAGGGGGUCCCAUCUAGAUCUGAUGUGCUUUGGAGGGGGGGGGGCAUCUAGAACUGAUCCAGUGUUUCUGAACUUACUUUGUUCAACUCUUUCCUUCGAAUAAAAGGUGCUUCUGUGAUGAUUCUAUUGAAGAAUUCUUUGUCUUUCUGAUUUAUUGUGGAUAAAACCUCAGGUUUAUUUAUGAAGGGAAAAGUACCAAUCAGCUUGUUUAAAGUUGAGCAGCACUUAUUAACUUGUAAACUAUUCUUUUCAGUACUUACAUGAGGUGUGUGCUGUUUCCUCCAUUCUCAGGCUGGUACCAAGUAACUGAUGGGAUUCAGUGUUCCCCUUAAGGUCCAAAAGGGAACAUUAAUGUUUACAUUUGCCUUCAUCUAACUAAAAAUUAAAGCAGUACAAUUCACCCAAUCAUUUGUGUCUUUGGAU